GCCCUGGUGGAGACUGAGACUCCUCACAUUGUCUCCGUGGAUCCACCGUAGUGACAAGCAGUGCCUCCGCUGAGAUCCUCUCACACACUGCUACUGGUAUCUCCCGCACCAUGAAGCUGCUCAUUCUACUAGCUCUGGCCUCCAUCUCAUGGGCACAAGAAUUUACUAUCUCGCUGGCGAAUGACAAUAUGGGUGAGGUUGUGGCAAGUCGCCGCUCCAUGUCAGCGAUCAUAACUAUGGAUCCUAACUCUUGCAAUUUGGCCGGAGAGACUGUCAUCGUCACCGUCAACAAUACCUCAAAUGGACAAGUAAUAGCGCAACCCAACUUUGUGAGGCCCGUCUGUCGCAACAGACGUGAUUUAAUCAGUCUGGUGUCUAACGCAGACGGAACCCCCCAAACAUUGAACCUGGGCUACAUGUUGGAGAUGCUGCAACCAAGCACUACGUACAAUGUGUAUUUGAGAGCUGGCACCAUAAGGAGCAACAUGCUGGGAGUCACCACCAUCUCACCGGUGGACUACAGGACCAUCGACCUUGGUUUUGGCCGAAGUGGGGCGAUGGUGGUGAUCACUGUGAUUCUGUCUAUCGCUAUGUUGGCCCUCAUCAUCGCAUUCAUCGUUGUGCUUGUACUCAGCAAGUAAAAGCUGUCGCUGGAGGAUGAAGAACAGUUACAAUCAAAAAUAUACCAAGACUCUUUUUAUCUCUCUUUAUUUUGCCGUAAAUUUUCUAACCUGCGCUCUGCAGCUUGAUGAGUAUUAGGAAUUAAUUCAGUGGAUUAUCUGCCAUUUGUGAACUGUGUUUUGAUCCGUAGGGAUUUGAGAAUAUUAAUCCUCAAGCAUGAUGAACUUUCUGGUCUCUCGCGGCCUCCUAUCAAUGAUCUUUUCCUUCAUUCCCCGCUGAUCACAGUAAUAUUCAGCCCCCACUUGUUUCCAACUGAUCCUACACACCUUGACCAGUCGAUCACCCUGGAUGUAGAUCGCUUGGUUCCAAUGGAUCUGCCGUGGGCAACAGGGACUCUGGUCACUGCGGCUCAGAUUGUAGCAGAGUCCCAGGUCUAGAAAUGAUGGUUCUAUGCUGUGGGGAACCUGAUUACUAAACUUGUUAUUUUAUAAUUAAAGUCUGUAUUUGUAA